ACACACAAACAGAGGCACAUAGACAUAAUUAACGGUGUGCUUCAGGGGUCUUCGCAGUACCUUAACGCACAGACACAGACCCAGCCGUACAUCCAGAGACGGAGACCUCCUUGUGGGGACGUGCCUUGAAGAGAUGGGGACACUCUGGCUGGGACUGCUGGUUCUCCUGGUGCCCAGCCAGCUCCACAGCCUUCCCCUGCUGACUACAGAGCGGCCUGGCCCACCUGCCCCAUCGCAGGACGAGGUGAUGUUUGCAAAGAGAUACUUAGAGAAGUUCUAUGGCUACGGGCCGUCCCAGUCGGACCGGCAGAGGAGGGGGGCAGUCAGCCCCGCCACGGCUGAUGACCGGCUCUGCGCGGCGGUGAAGCAGUUGCAGCGGUACUUCGGCCUUCCCGACAACGGCCGGCUGACGCCCGACACGUUGGCGCUCAUGCGGAAGCCUCGGUGUGGCUUGUCCGACGUGGAGCCCUUCCACAACACGUGGCGCUGGAAGAGGAGUACGCUGAGCUACAGAAUCUCUAGCUACGGCCCGACUGCCAGCGUCUCCGCUAAAGUCCACCGAGCCUUCCGGAGGGCGUGGAGGUUGUGGGCGGAGGUGACACCCGUCCGCGUCCGCAGGAGGAGCCGGAGGGAUGCUGACAUCGUCAUCUCCUUCCACCACGGAGACCAUCAGGAUGGCUCUCCGUUCGAUGGCAAGGGGGGAGCCUUGGCUCACGCCUUCCUGCCUGGUGAUGACCUCGGUGGGGAUGUUCACUUUGAUGAAGAGGAGGACUGGAGCUUCAACUCCACAGGCUUCAACCUCUUUGCGGUGGCAGUGCAUGAGUUUGGCCACGCCCUGGGCCUGCCUCACGCCAUGGACCCCGGGGCGGUGAUGUACCCGACGUACAGCUUCCUGCCGGACCUACGGCUGGCCCACCAUGAUGUCCAGGCGGCCCAGCGCAUGUACGGCAUCAAUCCGAAGUAUGCUUCCCUCUUCUACAAAAGGCCCCCUCCUCGGACACCUGACAAGUGUGACCCAAAUUUGUCGUUUGAUGCGGUCACAGAACUCCAGCAGGAGAUCGUGUUUUUCAAAGACAGAUUCAUGUGGCGUAAGUAUCCGACAUCUGAUGAGAUCGGGAUCAGUCUGAUCCGUGGCUUGUGGCCCGAUGCUGUACCACAUAACAUGGACGCCGCCUAUGAGAAUGUGGAGAUGAACCAACUCUUGUUUUUUAAAGGUAGUCAGUACUGGGUUAUCAGACAGUUAAAUCUGAUGGCAGGGUUCCCCAGCAACAUCUCAGACCUGGGCUUCCCUCCCAGAGUGCAGGCUGUAGACGCUGCCCUUCACUUCCGCUUCGCACACCUCACCGUCUUCUUCACUGGCACUGAGUGCUGGAGGUACGACGAGCAGCAGAAGACAAUGGAGGAGGGGUCCCCAGCGCCAAUAGACCAGCAAUGGCCGGGCGUUCCCUCUCACCUCGAUGCAGCUAUUUUUUAUAAGGGUUUCGUAUACUUCUUCAAAGGAGGUUUCCAGUACAAGUACGACCCUGAGGUGAAAUAUGUCAUCUCCAGAAGGCCGGCUGGUCAUAUGCUGGGAUGCAGUGGGGUCUCUGAGUGACACGCUGAUGAAGGGAGGCAUUGCUUGAUUGUUCAUCGCUCGUAAUGCCCUGAUGAUUAUUAUUUAGUUCAUUUAGUUUAGUUUAGUUUAUUUAUUUUGAUCACAUAUUACACAUCAUUGCAUACUCGCAUAAGUUAGAAACACAAAAAAUGUAUGCAUUGACAUUGCUUAAAAGUACUAACCGAAAUGUUUCACUUUUAUAUUUGUUACGCAUCUUCUUUUUCAGUAUUUUAUUUAAGUCUUUGUUUGUUACCGUGUUACACAUUUUUAUUUCUUCCUCUCAGGCAUUCCACAUGUUUACUCCUUCAUUUAAGUGUGUUUGAGUUUAUAUAUAAUGUAUUGUUCAAGAUAUUCUGCUCUGUUAAUGAUUCAAAUUGCCCUCUGUGGUAAAAUAAAAAUAGGGUUUGUAUGUUU